GUGGCUGUAAGCGUUGAGGGAACAUCACCUCUUUACCUGUAUGGCGGGACAACGCUCAAGGAAGCUGUGGUAGCGAGAGAACAUGGAUACGCACAUCCACAGUGGACGCAACCAGUAGCCAGAAAUCCAGCAAUCUGAGAACAGACAGAUGGCUGUUGACGUCUUCCGCCUCCUCCUGCUGUGCUGGCUGCUCACGUGGAAACCAGCAGAUGUUUCUGCUGGCUAUUGCACUGAGCCCUUACCCGUUGCAAAUGCUUACCGGAAGUGGGAGGGCGGAGCUGCCAACACGUGGGUCAACUACACCUGUCUAGCAGGCUACGAUCACACUGGGGGAACCUUAACCAGACAGUGCCAAGGAGGAGUAUACUCCGGGAAUGCCCCCACCUGCCUAUUAAACUGUGGACCACCUUUGAACUACACUCAUUCGAAGACCAAUAGCACAUCCUCGUUGUCGGGUGCGUAUGUCAGCUACACGUGCCUGGGAACAACCAAUCAAACAAAAGACUCCAACCAGAUGUACUGCGACCCCGCUAUAGGGCGGUGGGAGAGCCCCGUCUACUGCGCAGAAAUGGAGACAUUGAUAGACAGUAUAAAAUUUCUCCCUUUAUCGUCGAGAGAUAGUAGCAGUAACGACGUGUCGGCUAACGAUGAAAGAACAUCCUCCGAUGACGCCACCAAUUACAUAAGCGUAACCUCCAACAACGUCCUCAUAACAACCAGCGACACAGCUACUGUGGCUUACACUGUACUGUCAUCCGUGGACCCCAUGAUCAGCGCUUUGGCUCCCACGGCCGUUGGUUCUGUGCACAGCACUCUCUACUCUGUAGGAACAGGUCACACCGCUUCUCUUGUGAACGAUGGCAGCUCUAGUUAUGACAGUGCCUUUAGCUCUGUCCACCACACAUCACCUGACUCAGGGAGUACAAGCACCCCUUCCACCGAGCACCUGUCCCUGCAGCCCUCUAUGUCGGGCAUCUCAAUUCCCAUGACGUCAUUGACAACGGAUGUCAUUUUGACACCCUCGAACCAACUCACAGUUGACAGCAGUACCGGAAUACACACCAACAUCAACGCCUCGUCAGCGUCAACAUUCAGCGUGUCCAUGAGCUCCGAAACGUGUCCGAGACAGGAUCGACUUGUUGUCAACCUUGACGGGGGCCCGUAUGAGAUCCUUCAUGUAGCAAUUAUACGACCAUCUGAGGAAGAUGUGUACAACUUCCGACUGGAAGUUCAUAGUCCAAAACAGAGUUGUGACACCGCUUCUCGACUCCCAUGGGAAUACCGUACAAUUGUCGAUUGUGCCGCACAAAGAUUGUUUCCUAUUGGAAACCAGUUGAUCAUACUGGGUUCAAAUCCGGACGAAACUACCAUCAAGAUAUGUGAUGUUGAGGUGUAUGGUCGCAAACCAUCAGUGGACUGUGGGGUUCCCAGGCCCUUCCCGGGCAGGCGCGUGGUGUUCACGAAUGCGUCUCUCUCCAGCACCGCCAUCUACUACUGCGACGAAGGCUACCACUACAGGGGCGGGCCUCAAACCGUCGAGUGCUCGUUGACGGGAUACUGGAAUAACUAUGGACUCUACUGUUCAGACAAGGAGAAGAUUGAACCUAAUGUAACGACAGUAGUAGCUGCACUGGAGUGGACUGACAACGACAUCGGCACGUGUUCACCCGUAAACGGAACUACGCUCGAUCUGGCGUUUGACCUUGGUGGGAAAUACGAGAUUAAAAUGGUGACCAUCACAACCCAAGCUAACACUAGCGCUGCGUCUCUCACAAUGGUCAUCAGUCGAGACGGCCUAAACAAGACCUGUAGCGUGUCCAGCGGGUCCUCCUACGUCCAUCAGACAGGGGAGAUAACUGUGGCCAUACCUUGCAACACUGCUCCUGUUGGUGACCAUCUGGAUCUGUUCAUCACUGGACUCACUGGCGACGUGUGUGAGGUCAAGGUAUUCGGAAGACCAUACACCGGCGAGGGUGUGGAAUGCCGACAGUCUGACAAAGGAGUUGAGUUUAAGGGAAGUGUCAACAUGACUAUCAACGGUCUUCCAUGUCUGCCCUGGACCACAGACUCCUCCCUCCAGCUGGAUCAGUUCCCAGAUAUGACUUGGGCGGAAGCGUCAAACUACUGCCGCAACCCGAACGGCAGAAACAAACCGUGGUGCUAUGUGGACCUGUCGAAAAACUGGGAAGAAUGCCCUAUCGUCCAUUGCGACUCGAUCUGCCGCCGUUACCAGGAUGGUUCCACAUACAAAGGAGAUGUCGGAACAACGGAAAAUGGUAAAUCUUGCAUACGCUGGAACAGUGGGGGUGUCCCCUUCAAGAGGACUGCGUUGUACCCGGGAGGGUCCGUGAGUAUGGGGAACUGCCGCAACCUCAUAUCGUCCAUGACGCGACCAUGGUGCUACACCAACGCCAGCCCCCUGCAAUCUGAAUUCUGCAACAUCCCCAGUUGUCCGACGGCGAGUGAGUACGUGACGGAAUACCACCUCCUCGACCACCACGGAGUCCUGCUGGACGUGGACGAAUCCAACUUCACAGAAUGUUUCCUUUGGAAAAAAAAGCAAAACUCAGCCAUACGACUACCCAAGGGAUGUGACAUUGAGAAUCACGUCCUGGGCCUGUGUGGCGAGACCUACAGUCACAACAUGUCCAUGAUGUGCUCGAUUCCUACUGAAAACGGCGCCAGAUGGGUCUACUCAAUACUAGAGUGUGUGAACUGCGGCAUGCCGUCCCAGCCCCCGGGAAUGAAGGUCACAUACACCUCCACCUACUUUUCCGCCGUCGCUACCUACGUCUGUGCCGCGGGAUACGUCCGAGACAGCGGUGCCGGCAACUUCUCAUGUCUGGGGACUGGAAACUGGGAUAACGCAACGCUCAUUUGUAAAGUUGACUGCGGUCCUCCUGACGACGUUGUUGGUGCCAGGCUAAGCUACAAUCAGACUGUCCUUGGCAGCAUUGCCUAUCACCAAUGUCUCGUGACAAACGAGACUACAAACGUUACUUGCGGAUCCUCCGGUAUGUGGGACUCUCCCGCAUGGCUUGUCGAAUGUUUAGUUGACUGCGGCAGCCCGCCUACUCAGAACCACAUGAACGUAACAUAUAACUCGACGCUGAGCGGAAGCACCGCAGUGUAUGUAUGCGUUGAUGGCUACGUGACUGCAAGCGGCUCAGAGAACGUUCAUUGUCAGGACAGCGGGAGUUGGACAAGCAUCACACUCAACUGUGUUGAAAUGAGCGUCACGCCAUCAUCAUCAUCAUCAUCAACAACAGCAACAACAUUAUCAUUACCAACAUCAUUCACCUCCCCCUUCUUCAUGGUCAUCUUCUGAACAGUCCUCAAAUACAGCUGUCGCACCAUCACCAACCUCUUCACAGUCAUUGUUGACUUCAUAUUAUUCUUCUACAGUUUCAUCUUCUUCAUAUUCUCCAUCAUCAACUCUUCCAUUCUCCUCUACAUCUGUAGUAUUAGCAGCAACAUCCUCAUCCCUUCCAUAUUUAUUGUCAUCGUCAUCGGCAUCAUUCGCACCAUCAUCUACAUCAUACACAGCA